AUGGUUGGAGCAACCCAUAUUCGAAUCAACAACCUCUUGGUUGUUGUAUUUCUGUUGUAUGUUGGUCAAGGGGAAGGUUAUGAGGGGAACCGGACACGGGUCGUGGUGCCAUGGGUUAAGCGGGUUAGGAGCCAAGUGUCAGGGUGCAGGGGCCGCCGUUGGGUUUGUGAGGAAGGUGGGUACUCGUACCCAUCUCGGGUUAGAAGAAGGUGUUGUGAUAACCGUUGUGUUGAGGUGACCUCGGAUGUGAACAACUGUGGAUUAUGCGGGAUUCGAUGCCCGUUUAAUUGGCAAUGUUGCAGAGGUGUUUGUGUUGAUACCAAUAUCAACCCGUUUAAUUGUGGCCAGUGUUUCAAUCGCUGCCCGUUUUUUGUUUUUUGUACUUACGGACUGUGUGGCUACGCGGGGUCCACACCUUUAAAGCCUCCAAUUCUGUUUCCGCCUAAUCCCCCGAAGCCUCCUAGAGGACGAGAACAACCCGAACCACCUGUUAUUGUUGAGCCUCCAGAAUUCCUGAUGCCGCCUCUAUAUGAUGCUCAACCACCACAACAUGAUCAACCCGUUUAG